ACAGCAGAGCAGAGCGGAGGCUGGCACCACCAACACCAACACCAGCAGCAGAGGAAGGACCCUUUGUGCUCCACCGACUCACGCGCAUCCUUCUGAGAGGAAACACCAACACACAUCCAGAGGAAAACGCUCAGUGAAGCACAAUGGGACCAUUCCAAGAAUAUGAGGAAAAGAAGUCACCGGAGAAAGGAAGUCCCCGCAGCCGCAUCCCUCGUCUGGUCCUCCAUCCCUUCCCACCAAAGGACAAAGGCUCGCCUCUGUCUGACUCUCCAUUAUCAGAGGAGGAGGGGAAGGAGGGGUACGUCAGCUCGGACCACUCCAAGCGCACCAUCAGCACCACCAGCUUCUGCUCUGAUGACACCGGCUGCCCCACUAGUCAGUCUGUGUCCCCCUCCAAAACCCCGCCAGGCUCAGAGCAGAGUGCCCACGGCUCGCCCGUACUCCCGGAGCGCAAGACCAAAGUGAAGAGGGUGAGGGUGAUGGCCGAGUGGAGCGGAGAACCCCGGAGCGGCCCUCGGCACAAGAGGGAGCUGAGGUCGGCCAUGAAAGCCAGAGGAAGUGAGGCAGACUUCAGCUCCUCCAGCAGCACAGGCAGCCUGAAGAACAGAGAGGGCCUCGCCUCAAAGUCAGCUGGAAAGAGAGCUCCAACACGCAGCCGUGGCAGCUACAUCAGACCGCUCCCGGUGUUCAAACCAGCCGGGAGCCCCACAGCCAACCGCGACUCAGAGCUGUAUGCCCCCUACACGACCCCCCCCAGAGCUGUCUCCUCCACCACCACCAGCAGCAGCUGCAACUCCAGCCCCACCUCCAGCAGAAGAGCGAUCCUGGGACGCUACCACUCCUGUGGAGACAAUCAUGGCAUCAAACCCCCGAACCCAGAGCAGUAUCUCACCCCUCUACAGCAGAAGGAAGUGGCCAUCAGACACCUGAAGACCAGACUGUUGGAGUCUGAGACCAGAGUCCAAGACAGAGAGACGGAGGUGCAGGAGCUCAAUGCACAGCUCGGCAGAAUGAGGGAAGACUGGAUUGAAGAGGAAUGUCACAGGGUGGAGGCUCAGCUGUCCCUCAAAGAGGCUCGCAAAGAGAUCAAGCAGCUGCGUCAGGUGGUGGAAACGAUGAAGAGCAGCCUGAUGGAGAAGGACAAGGGCAUACAGAAGUAUUUCAUCGACAUCAACAUCCAAAACAGGAAGUUGGAGUCCCUGCUGCAGAGCAUGGAGAUGGCCCAGAGCGGCACCAACCUCCAAGACGAAAACAGCUUGGACUUCAUCUGUGACAUCCCCGAUAACGAAGAGAAGAAGAUGAUGGGGGAGGAAGAGGGUGGGAUGGAGAUGGGAACACAAGGGGCGGAGGCCAUGGCUGACAGUGGGCUGUUGGUGAAUGAUGAGAUGGCCAACAGGGCAGACAUUUUGGAGCAGAUCUUCAUGUCCACUGCGGUGGAUUUUAGUCAAUUGGGUGCAGGGGCUGAGUCUGGGCCUGGGGUGUCUGCGCUGACAGAAGAUGGACAGUUUAUUGAUGAAUCUACUGAACCAGCUCUACCAAACACAGUUUCCACCACCAUCGCCAUCCCCUCAAGCACAACUUCCCUGCACAACACGGAAGAUAAAGAAACCCAGACCGACUUAUUGCCCACAUCUCCAGACCUGCAAACUCUGCUCCUCCAGCUGCUCCAUUUCCACGGGGUAACAGUGGGGGAAACGGCUCUGAUGGGCUCCAGCAAUCUGAUGGCUCUCCCAUACCUGCCCACACCCACUCCCACAACCCCUGAAAUCACCAAAUUAACACCUGCCCCACCUAACAUGCCCACUCCUGCUCCCCCAGAGAAUCCAGAUCCCUCCACAGAUUCCGGCAUGUGCUGCUCAGAACCCAAAGAGAGCCGUCGGUUCAUGGAGGAGCUGGAUUUCAGUGUCUGCGAGGAGGAACCUUCUCUGUCAUCGGGGCUGGAUGUGGUCGGAAAGCGGUACUGGAGCAACAGCUUCCUGGUGGAUCUGGUGGCAGUUGCAGCCCCGGUGCUCCCGACGGUGGCCUGGCUGUACUCGCGGCAUGGUGUGGAUGGAAGCGCUCCAGUGUAUAACAUAGCUGCUUUCAUCAGAGGCUGUUACAUCAUGGGAUUGCACUCUCUUCGUCACGUCCCUCACAGGCCCGAUGCGUAAAGGCUAACACCCCCUUCCGCAUGUACACGCCUAAUCUUGAACUAAAAGCACUUAAGCAUCUUUUUUUGUGAGAUUUGUUGCGUUUUUUUGUUGAACACUUGAUUAUCAAUGCAGUAAUUUUGGGUUCCAACACUUGUUACUUUGCACUUUACAGUUACCAUGAUGGUGACGUGAAAGGGAUUAUUUAUAAAGGGGGUUAUUUAUUUAUAUAUUUAUUUUAUCAUUAAUAUGUAUAAGCUGAUCAUCUGGGUAGAUGGUUGUGUUGUCGUCCUUUGGUGUCCCUAUAGUUGUCCUUGUGUUUGGAAAGAAAUGGAAAAUGGUUAUUUAUGUUGGGAUGAGGUGAAUGAUACAGGAGGUGAAAUUAAAUGUUUGGGUUUGAAAAGUCCACAAUUUUGUUAUUGUUCGAAAGAGAUACCUUCAGCCAAAGCUUUAACGUGAGUUCACUGUAAGUGUUUUGUGAAGAAGUAUAUAUUUUGUUUCCCUCCUUGGGAGUAGAGCUUUAUUCUGUACAGCCUUGUGUAUUGUUCAUAUAACUAAGUUAAUGCUUCAAAGCAACUGACACUUAUUAAUGUGCCUGAGCUAUGUGCAAUACUGGUGGUUUACAUAAAAUGUCCUUGUAUCUUUAAUAUUAAAGCAUGAUAAAAUCUC